CUAGUCCCGGAAGCAAAAGCCCUAGACUGCUCGUGUUACUCUUAAAAGCCACCCUUCAUUCCCACAACGGAAGCUGCUGUUCUAGCAGUGAAAGAGGUCCGGCGUGGUCUUUGGUUCGUUAUGUCCACCAACAAUAUGUCCGACCCACGGAGACCCAACAAAGUGCUGAGGUAUAAGCCUCCGCCGAGCGAGUGCAACCCAGCUUUGGACGACCCGACUCCGGACUACAUGAAUCUUCUCGGCAUGAUCUUCAGCAUGUGCGGGCUCAUGCUUAAGCUGAAGUGGUGUGCUUGGGUUGCCGUCUACUGUUCCUUUAUCAGCUUUGCCAAUUCCCGGAGCUCGGAGGACACUAAGCAGAUGAUGAGUAGCUUCAUGCUCUCAAUCUCUGCCGUGGUGAUGUCCUAUCUGCAGAAUCCUCAGCCCAUGACGCCCCCGUGGUGAUGUCUACUAGAAGGCUUGGAUCCUGGACUCCUGUCCACCUUCUCUCUGGCCUAGCCUUUGACUGCCUCCAACCUGCCCUUGGCUGCUGUCUGUAAACUCACCUGAGUGUUGUCUCUGGUCUCCCAGCUGAAUGAGGGAGGAUGGCCCUUUCCUUGGGGUCCUGCUUCUGCUUUGACAAAGGGGUAAACCCGCAGACUUCCCUUUUAUCUCCCUCCCCUGGCUACUGUUAUGAGAAACACUGUUCAUGUUUCUAAGUAUUCGCUUGUUUUCUUGUUGAAACCAGUUGAUAAAAAAUUUUCCACUCUG